AUGCCUUCCCUCAGAGCUUUCAUUGCAGCACUAGCAUUACCGUUCCUUUCUAUAGCGCAGUUCCCGUCGACGCCUACUGACCUGACUGCCCUGGAGUCCGUGGUCGGCAGUGGCUCAUCGAUAUCCUUCAAACAGACCGCAGUAUGCGAGCAUACUACCGGAGUCAAGGCGUAUAGUGGCUACGUUCACAUCCCGGCUGGCUCCGCUCCUGAUGCUGGAGACUUCGACAUUAAUACCUUCUUUCUGUACUUCGAAUCGCGCAAAGACGCGUCAAAUGCGCCGUUGGGUAUAUACCUCGCCGGUGGUCCUGGGGAGGCCUCUACAUACUCCGCUCUUUCCAGCGAGAAUGGUCCAUGCUACGUCAAUCCCGAUGGAACGGACACGAUUGACAAUCCCUGGUCUUUCAACAACUACCUCAAUAUGCUCUACCUUGACCAACCUCUCGAUGCCGGCUUCUCCUACAGCAAGCUGAUCAACGGUACCUACGAGUUGACCGAGACUGGAGGCGCUGUAGCACCUCUAGAGGACUUCGAUGCCGCAUCUCCGCCACCGCCGUCCAACCUCGUCGCUGGGUAUGGGACUUUUCCAGAUCAGUCGUUCAACCUCACUGUCAAGAAUACGGUCCAGGCCAGUCGUGCUUUGUGGCAUGUCAUCGACCAUCUGCUGCCCUCAUUCCCGGCCUACGACACGACAUCGAAGGACAUCAACAUCAUCGGCAACAGCUGGGGCGGAUACUAUGUGCCUGAAUUCGCCGCCCAAACUGUCAAGAACCUGAAGGAGCUCGACGACGGUCAUCCACUGAAACAACACCGAGUCGACUCUAUCGGCAUCACAAACGGCUGCGUUGAUCAGCUCACUGGCAUCCUGGGCUAUGCCGAAUACGCACACAACAACACGUACGACGUCGAAUAUGCCACUGAUGCCGAAUACGAGGCAGCGCUGACCAACUUCACGAUGGAAGGCGGCUGUCGAGACGCCAUUGAAGCAUGUCGCGCUGUCGGUCUGGAAGGUGAUCCCACAUUCGAGAGCAACAACGCAACCGUCAACGAAGCCUGUAUGAAGGCUUUCGGAUUGUGCCAGGAGACGAUCAUUGGUGCUUUUCCUGCUUUGAAUGAGCGAUGGGCCUUCGACACAGCUGAAUCCGCUGUUCCCUUCCCACCCUGCGAUCACUAUCUCCCCGUCGAGACCUACCUUAACAACGCCACCACGCAGCUCCUUCUCGGCGUACCUUUGAAUUUCACUUACGUCUCCUCGAUCGUCAGCUCCAACUUCGGCCUCACACAGACGUUACCUGUGAAUGCCACUUCCGGAGACACGAUCCGUCAAAACGGCCUGCCGAACAUUGAAUACUUGUUGCAGGAUGGCGUCAAGGUAGCUUUCGUGUUCGGCGAUCGCGACUACAGAUGUCCAUGGCAGGGUGGAGCGAUGACUGCGCUGGCAGCGGAGUGGGACGGGAAGCAAGGAUUUGUCGAAGCCGGGUACGAAGAGAUGCAGGGUCAGAGCGGUCUCAAAGCUUUGGUGAAGCAAUUUGGAAAGUUCAGUUUCACCAGGGUGAUGAAUGCGGGCCAUAGUGUCAGCGCUUAUGCGCCUGAGACGGUGAGCAAGAUUUGGGAGAGGACUGUGAUGGGGACGGAUGCUGUGAGUGGUAAAGUCGAGGUCAGUGGAGAGUAUGCCACGAACGGUCCGAGCAAUAGUUUGGGCUGGAGAAACAAGAUGCCGGACACAACGCCGGGUACUUGUAUGGUCGCGGGAGAGUAUACGGAGACGAAUCCGUGGGAGCCUGUAUUUGAGGCGCUUGGGAUCGGCGCUGGCGGCGAUGGUUCGGAGACGGCGUCAGAGUCAGGCUCUCCAAGCUCGACUUCUGGCAGCGCGAGUUCGAGCGCCACUGCUGGGUCGUCUGCUGGCCAGGUCCGCGUCGCGGCAAGAGUCAUGGCUUGUGUAGUCGCCGUUGGUGCUGUGUUCGCUUUGUAA